UUCAAAUCUCUGUCAACACUGUGAAUGAAGCAGAAGCAUGAUGUUGCAACUACUUUGCAUAUAGAACAAAAUACUUUGAUGGGGUUUUGUUCUCUGAGAUGGAUGGUUUGGUCGUGGAGCUUUCAUCGUUCUUCUGAACGAUAUCAUUAGUAAAAACUUUAGAUAGAAUUGAAGUGCUCGAAUUUCACAGCUUGUCCUGUUCACCUCGAUGGUGAUUGGUUCUUUGUUUUGGUUGCAUCUCCCAUCGAUUUGAUUUUUGGUCCUCCUACUUCUAGACCUCACAAAAGGUAAGUGACUUUCAGAAAUGUAAGUGAAUGAGGAUUGAUACAUAUCUUGGACCAAGUAACAUGACGCAAAAUGACCGUAAGCACAUGUUAAAUAAAUAAGAAAAACAAAACUAAUAUCAGUAACUAAGAACAGGUUUGAUGGUAUUAUUAAUAUUGGUGAACCUUACCUGUGAAGACAGUAUAACUAUGUAAUAUUCAGUCAGACAAGACUAUGAGAUACAUAGUAAAUUAUUUUGGAAGGUAUCAUAAGGAAUUAAGAACGUCAAGACAGCCCAACUGUGCGGAGCUUAAAUAUGAAGAACUACCACAACCAGCAUCAAAAAGUUACAAGUAUUUAUAUACAAUUGUUUACGUAAGAUACUCAAUAUCCGUUGACCGGGUACCAUCAGCAACAGCCUACUGUGGGAGAGAAGAAACCAGCUUCCAAAUGAAGAGGAAAUUAAGAAAAGACACUAGAAGUGGAUAGGAAAUAAAUUACGAAAAUCACCAAACUGCAUCACCAGGCAAGCUCUCAUUUUGAAUCCUGAUGGGAGACGGAAAAGCGGAAGGUCGAAGAACACACUGAACCGAGAAUUGGAAGCACAUAUGAAAAGGAUGAACAGAAACUGGAAAGGAUUGCUGAGGACAGGGUUUGAUGGAGAGCGCUGAUGAGUGUCCUAUGCUCCUCCAAGAAAGGUAAAAGGAGUAAGUAAAGUAAAAAAAUAUGGAAAUGUUCCUUUUUCGUCAACCAUCGAUAGUACAGUAUUAACGAAGUGUUAAAGUAAUAAGAAAUCACAAAACAAUUUCUAGUUAGAUGUUACAACCAAUUCAGAGAUCACAUUUCGAGCUGUAAUCUUGUGGGAGUGUUUAGUCGAGAUAUUUCAGGCAAUAGUGUUCAUUAAAACAAAAGUCGUCAUUAAUGUGGAAUCCUUACGAAACUAUUUUUCUUCAGGAGUUAUUAGUCAAUACACUAUGAGACUUUCAAUUUAUUCUCUAAAGACGUAGGAGCAUGUUUUGUUUGUCUUAGGAACAUUCUAUGCAUAUCCUGGCUUCUCUAUUUCACUUGUUAUUAAUUGUGUGAAAGAAACACGAUUCAUAAAACUUUACAGUCGAUCAUUGAAUUUAUACUGCUUGACAAAGGUAAUGUCUGAAAAAUGUGGGUGAUUAAUUGCUAUUAAUUAAUCUUGGACGAUAGUAAAUCGAAGGGAGAUUAAUUUAUAGUACUUUUCAAUAACUCGAGAUCUGAAGGCUAAAACAGGUUUGAAAAAUGGUGAUAUUUCAGUGAAUAUUCCCCAAAAAAUUGUAGUUGUUUUAUUCACAAUCAUCGCCAAUACUCCAGUCAGUCAUAAGAAUGGAUUGAGUUAACAACGACCAAUAUUCAAAGUAAAAUUCCAUAGGGCUUUGCUCAUAAAAUCGGUGACAGUUGAAGAAAAAGACCUUAGAUGAACUCUUGGUUAUUAUCAUAUAAACCAAGACAAUCAGCAAAUCGAAGACUUUAUAAACUUACUUUUUCUCAUUUUGGGUCAGUUCUACCUUGAAUGAACUGUGAAACAGUGUAAUCUCAACUCGUUCAUCAGACAGCUUUAGAAAUAGACUAGAUGGUUUACUAUUCUACACUUGAAAAACUUUAAUCUGACCCCUAUUAUUAAUUUUGCUCAAUAAGCGUUAAUCAACUAGUAAUAUUUUAGUUUACCCUGUACUACUGAAGUUUCAUUAAAUCUAAGACUAGUUAUCAUUCUGAACCUUCUUAUUUAACUGAAAGUCGUGAAACUGUACCACUUUUACUAUUACAUUUUAUUGUGUCCCUGUUACUGUUCAGCACGUGUGUGUUUAUUUUUUUCCCUGUAAUUAACUUUAUUAUUUAGCGUUUUCGUACUGGUUGCAUUAAUUUGUAUUUUAGAAAAAGGUUAUAAUUGUUGGAUAUGUACGUCGUAACUUCUUUUUCUGGUUGCAGAUUAUUUCUAGUCAAGAUUAGGCAUCCGAUGGACCCAUUUUAUCAACCACUACUCGAUAAACAUCCUGGGAUACACCAAACUCGACCGAAAUUACCAUGUGUAACCAGUAAUGUUACACAUCACAUCACGACCACAGGACCUCCUGUAUUCUCGAAAGCGCGCCGACUGACUUCCGAAAACCUAAGGAAUGCGAAAACCAUUCACGAUCGUUACCCGUUGUCUCACAUUCACGAUUCGACAGCUACUUUGAGAGGUAAAACUGUCUUUUCGAAAAUCGACUUGGUUAAAGCGUAUAACCAGAUCCCUAUGGCUACUGACGAUAUUCCGAAAACAGCUAUGAUAACUCCCUUCGGAAUCUACGAAUUUUUGCGAAUGCCUUUCGGUCUAAGAGGCGAUGCACGACCCUUCCAAAGCUUCAUAGACGAUGUCUUUCGAGGUCUCAUCUUCGUACACGCGUAUGUUGACGACUGUCUAAUAGCCAGUCCGGAAUCACAUCCCAAGCAUCUGUAUCUUGUUUUCGAACGACUACAAAAACAUGGCAUUACUGUAAACAUUCAGAAGUGCCAGAUCGAAACUGGCUCAUUAGACUUCCUAGGACACACUAUGGAUGCUCAAAGCAUUCGAUCCCUUAGAACCAAAGUGGCGGCCAUUCUGGUUUACCCAGAACCCAACACCAUCAAGAAAUUACGCAUGUUUAACGGCCUUGUAAGUUUCUAUAGACGGUCCACACCGAAAUGCGCGUUACUUAUGUAACCCCUUACUGGCGAACUUCGUGGAAAUGCGAAAUCCAUUAAAUUGGACGACACCGCACGAAAAUCAUCCUCCAAAAUUAUGGAACUUAUCGCUCAGGCAACAAUGCUUGCUCAUUAGGACACUGAAGCACCCAUUAGUAUUGCAGUAGACGCAUCUGACUCAGCAAUCGGAGGAGUUUUACAACAAUGGGUUAACAAAUCCUGGCAACCUUUGGCAUUUUUCUCUAGAAGGUUUCUAGACAGUGAGUCGAGGUACAACACAUUCGGUAGAGAACUCCUUGCUAUGUAUUGUGCUGUAUGGCAUUUUCAAGGCCGUGAAUUCACCUUCAUACAUUCAACGCAUUUCUGGAGCAAACAAUGUAGUUGCAGACGCCUUGCCUCGAAUAACUUCCUUGAACAGUUUCCAAGGAAUCGACCUUCUUAAACUCUCCCAGCUUCAAAAAGAAGACAUUGAUCUUCAGCACGAGUUGUCGUCUACAACACUCAAGCCACUCAUCAAAUAAAUGGGAACAGGUAAGGGAUCGCCCAAUCGUGCCAAAACGUUAUCGACGCAACGUCUUUAAUACGUUGCACAAACUUUCUUAUCCAGGUGUUCGUGCAACAAUCAAUCCUAUAGCAGAACGGUUUUGCUGGCCUGGUACUAUUAAAGACGUGAAGGAGUCGGCACACCCCUGUGUAAGCUGCCAAAAAUCUAGGGUCAUCAGACACAACAAUUAUCCCUUACGCUCAUUUAAAACUCCUGAUGCUCGUUUCGACCAAGUUCAUCUGGCAGGAGCUUUACCAGAUCCAAAUGGAUACUCUCAUCUCUUAACCUGCAUAGACCGUCUCACCCGAUGGCCAGUACCUAACAAAGACAUCACUGCUGAAACAGUGACCCGUGCCUUCGUCGAACGAUGGGUAGCAAACUUCAGCUGUCCCUCAACUACCACUACAGACCGCGGACGUCAGUUCGAAUCUGAACUUUUCCGUUACCUCACCACAAUUUUAGAAAUCACUCGCUUCCGAAAGACCACCUACCACACACAAGCAAAUGGGUUGGUAGAACUAAAAGCUUCGCUAUCAGCUGCAAACGUUUCACAGUGAACCGAAGCUACUCCACUCGUUUUACAAGGUAUCCGCAAUGCAGUGAAAGCAGACAUUGGAUACACUGCAGAUAAACUGGUUUAUGGAACGACACUUCGACUUACAAGGGAAUUCAUGGAUCCUUCAUCCUCUUCAAUGGGCAUGGAUCUAACCUCCUACACGAACAGGCUUACGAACGCAACGCGUUCAGUUAAACCUGUUUCCACUCGACCUCAAUCAACCGAUGUUUUCGUUUAACCUGACUUGCAAUAUAGUACACACGUAUUCGUACGUCGAGACUCGCAUCGACGACCUUUCGAAUCAGCAUAUCAAGGACCUUUCAAAGUUCUUCAACGCGGAUCUAGUACUACAUAGUCGAUAAGAGCGGAACAAACGAUAGCAUUAGCAUCGAUCGCCUCAAAACAGCGUAUUUAGAAGGAAAUCCUAUACACGUCGAUUUUCCUUUGGUACGAUCGAAUGACACGACUCCUACACUUAUAAUACCUCGUCCAAAAGCCAACACGCAUGACGAUACUUCAACAGAAUCUGAAAAUAAACCUAAAACAACGCGUUCUGGAAAAAGCGUAAGAUUUCCAGAACAUUUAGACGACUACUGCACAUAAGACACCAGUUAACAUUUUGCUUCAUCUCGUUUUUCCACGGCAUUACAUAUAAUAUUAAAAAAUCAAUUUUGAUAUGCUUAUAUCUACAUAUAUUUAUUAUUUUGCUAAUAUGUAUAUCAAAAAUUUGAAAAAAAACACUUUGUAAAAAUCGCUUUUACGCUAUCACAUGCACAUUAGUUUAUUUUCUCUUUAUUCGCCCACUUUUUGUCUUAAAGCGCGUACGAGUAUAUUUCGACAUGCACUUACAUAUUCUUAUUUUCUUUUCCAGCCAUCCUGGAAAAGACGAUACAAAGAAUGAUGAGGUUUACGAGGAACCAAACUUCUCAUUGUAGAUUUUUUUUACUAUAUUGUACUUCAUAGUCACUUAUAGUAAGGAAGGACGACCAGACGAUGCUAAACCUAGCAAGUUAUCAGAAGAGUGUUUACCACUGACAAACUCGAUGGGUUUAACCUUCUGGCUGGCCACGUCUUAGGAUCAUCACUAACCCACUAGGGGGAAGUGAUCUAUAGCUGUAAAUAAAUCCCCAAAAUAAAUAGUUCUGUAGGUUUUCGACAUUGGAUACUGACCGCAUGUUUUGGUGGACUCACCUAGCUGAAGGCGCUCGGUCAUGCCUCCGCACCAGAUCACGAGUGGGAACGCCGUGCUCAACAGCCCCUGCAAUCGCUAGCCAGAUUAGAUCAGAUGAUCGUCGAUAUAUUGAUAGCCUAUUAAAUAUAUCUUCGAACCUCCUCGCUUCUAUCUUUUUAUUUCACUUGGUGGAUACGAUUCAUAUUAGGUGUUGCUGGGUUAAAGCGUUGUCAAACUCCGAAUCCCUGUGGCAUCUUCAAGAUUUCUGCUAAUUGUCGAAGCAGUUGAGCUGCUGAACACUGUUUGAAAGCUUUUUUCAAAUAAAAAGCAAACUAUAAAUUAUACGAAGCAACUGUAGUUUCUCGAAGAUUUAGUGAGUGAUAUCCAUGAUUCGGUAUCAGACGUGAAUAGAACCAUCAGUGUGAGCCCUCAAAACGCCACAGAAAAUAGGGAAACCAAUGCAUGAAGAGCUAAAAAGAAAACGAACAAGAGCGCAACGAAGCAUCAAAUAACAAGGAGUUCCAAAAUGCAAAUUGACGGACACAGCCACGGGUUUCUUCAUCAACGCAACGAGAAUUUCUCAGUGCCUCAUCUGCACAUUACAGAAGGUCAACAGGACUGUAUGAGUUUAGUCUUAACGUCAUGUGAUGCAUCGCAUGAUAUGUUGUUAUCGCUGUUACUAUAAUAUCUAGGGUAUCAGUCAGUGACUUGACUAAGUGCCACAUAUUAGACUUCUUUGGAACCUGGAGAAUUGAGAAAUUUCUUGAUUUCUACUAUAGUGUAUCAGAAACUUUUUAGUGGGUUGUCAAUAGGAAGUUAAGCUGAAUUUCAAACGUUUCUCGUGAAAACCAGUACUUAGUGGAAAACUGCAAGGCUGUUAUAAGCCGUUUACUUUAUAUUCUAUGUAUAAUUAAACUCCAGAGUGAUGUUUAGUUUAUGCUGAUGUCAAUAUUUAGCGAGAAGUAACAAGAGGUGCAGCUACAUGUACAUUUUAGAUCGACUUGGAUGUUCUGGUUGGCUGGACUCAAGUGCCAAUGAUCCUUAUCAGCAGGUCCGACUGUGCUUGUAUACAAAUCCAGGCUACAGAAGCAAAUAAUUACAGCAUUGAAUAACACCAGUACCCACUACAACAGUGAUCUAGAGGCAAUAGUGAGAUAAGACUCUAAGACCACAAGUGACUAUAGGGUAGUUUCAAAUAUUCAUUUCGGAACUUCUUGGCAUCAAGGUCAAC